CGCAACUCGUGAUUGCUGAGCCUGUCGACACAACACUACCAACUGCAAACGUGUCCAAGUUGUGUUUCUAGCGCCGUUCCAUUGAUUCUACUACACGAGAGCAUCAUCUCUGCCCGUCAUGCCUGGCCUUCCCCCUUCGGUCGACCUCGACGAGUGUAUCUCGCGCCUCUACAAAAAGGAACUACUCGCUGAAUCGGUUAUCGAAGCGAUAUGCGCCAAAACAAAAGAGCUGCUAAUGCGCGAGAGCAAUGUCGUGCAUGUUCGCGCCCCCGUUACUGUGGUCGGUGACAUCCACGGCCAGUUCUAUGAUCUGAUAGAGAUAUUCAGGAUCGGUGGCUACUGUCCAGACACGAAUUAUCUAUUUCUAGGCGACUAUGUCGACCGAGGCAUGUUCAGCGUCGAAACCAUUUCUCUUCUUGUUUGUUUAAAACUGAGAUACCCCAACCGCGUCCAUUUGAUUCGAGGAAACCACGAGUCCCGCGGCGUAACGCAGUCUUACGGCUUUUAUACCGAGUGCUCGCGCAAGUACGGCAAUGCCAAUGUCUGGCAUUACUUUACCGACAUGUUUGAUUUCCUCACAUUAAGCGUGGUCAUCAACGACCAAAUAUUCUGUGUACACGGAGGUCUCUCCCCUUCGAUCCACUCUAUCGACCAAAUCAAAGUAAUCGACCGCUUCCGAGAGAUUCCUCACGAAGGCCCCAUGGCCGACCUAGUAUGGUCUGAUCCCGAUCCCGACCGCGACGAGUUCAGUUUAUCACCCCGCGGCGCCGGCUACACUUUCGGAGCGCAGGUGGUCAAGAAGUUCCUGGCGGUGAACAACAUGAACCACAUUCUGCGCGCGCACCAGCUCUGUCAGGAAGGGUAUCAGGUGCUAUACGACGACCGGCUGAGCACGGUAUGGAGCGCGCCCAACUACUGCUACCGGUGCGGAAACAUGGCAAGUGUCUUGGAGGUCAGCGAUACCGGAGAGCGCUUCUUCAAUGUGUUUGCGGCCGCUCCUGAGAACGACGCCGUUAAGGAUCAGCAGAUGAAUCAGGACAAGUCGGCGGAGGGGGGCGCAUUGCCGGAUUACUUUUUGUAG